UGUACUUUCUGAAGCUCAGAGAGCUUUUUCCUCUCUGUGGAAAAAUCAUGGGAGUGAACUUUUGACAUUUUGCAAAAACUAUUAAUGAUAGUUGUUAUAAAAUAGACUUGUGAAAUAAAUAAAUAAUAAUAAUAAUAAAUAAUUAGUUGUUUAGUUAAAUAAAUAGUUAGUUGUUUUUGUUGAUACAUUUGCUGUAUACAAAAUGAAUAGUGUUGAAGAAAGGACGAUUUAUGCUAAAUUAGAAGCGAUGAAGGAUAUAAGAAACAAAACACUACAACUGGAAAAAGUUAAAUUGAAAAUAAUUCGAGAAGUUGAAUCAAGUGAUGCAGAAGAAAAAUGCUUGGCCGAAUAUCGAAGAGAAAUGGAAUUAUUGUUACAAGAGAAAAUGAGUCACGUCGAAGAGCUCAGACAGAUUCAUGCUGAUAUAAAUGCUAUGGAAUCUGUGAUUAAGCAAGCCGAAGAAAGUCGGGCUAGGUCUGUAAGUAUGGCAAAUCGCUUACAUGAAGAUUACAGACCUUUAAAAAGUGAAGUAGACCACAUGCGAAGAGAAUACUUAGGCUUAGAUAGACUUCCAGAACUACACGAAGAAGAAGGCAGCAUUAUAACUCCAGAUUCUUUACAAUUUUUCAGUCGGUUUGCUUCAUACUACAACAAGCUGCAGCAGCAACAGCAGCAAUCCUAUGCAAGUACCCGCAGCUCUUUAUCUCUCCCAGCUCGACCAGAAGCCACAGUGACAUCUGGUCAUUUGGGAGGCGCUCCUGGUGGCGGCGGAGGCGGUCACCCGCCAUCGUUUUUGGCACCGCCUCCGCCCCCUCAUGGAGCUAUGAGAUUGGUUGGAAAAUCACCAGGAGAACAUGCGCCUCCUUCGCAACGAAUUGGUCAACCGAGUUCACUUACUUUGCCGUCCCAAGCUCCGACGUUCAGGUCUGAUUUUUGCAAUGUGAAUUUGAGCAGACAGCAGCCUCCGCCAAUGAAGUCUUGCCUUUCGUGCCAUCAACAAAUUCACAGAAAUGCCCCAAUAUGUCCAUUGUGCAAAGCCAAAAGCCGGUCCAGAAAUCCUAAAAAACCAAAAAAGAAGGAUCAUUAGGAUUUUAUUGUUUCUAAUUGUUUAUAAGUAUACUAUAAACUUAACUAGUGUGUGCAUGUGUGUAUGUGAAAAUGAUUUAUUUAAUCAGCGACAACAUUAUGAUAAAAUAUAAUAAUAAAUAAAUAAUAUUGAUCAAAAUA